AUGCAUUGUUCAAGUUGUUCUGCUCGCAUCGCAUCGGAGGGUAGCUGGGCGCAGCGUGUCCCCGCUCAGACCGGUGCAGCCUUCUGGCCAGGUAGUAGCACAGCAGACCGCUGCAGAAGAGAUCGGCAGUUGCGUAUCCGCACUGUUCCGGUGGCAGGGGGUCGCGUAACUGCGGUGAAGCUGGGGCCGAAGGCAUAUGGUUGGAUCGUCUUGAAGCUGUUUCCUGAAGGCGCCAGCACCACCAGCGAGCCUCUCGAGGUCUGGCGCCUUGCACCCAACACGCCGGAGGCUGUAGCGCAGCAGGAAGUCGAACUCGAAGUGCAUUUGGUUCAGUUAUUGGGGAACCCUCAGCCGCUGCGGGGGCAGAAUCCGCCUCAACUGCAGCAGCAGCCUCAGCUUCCUUCUGUAGAGGCUCAGAAGGCAACAGGUUAUCAGUCUCGCUGCUCUCCUCCGUCAUCUUCAUCUCACUCUGAUGCUCCGCUUAGUCGCGUCUCUAAAGGCCUUCCGAAGCGGCGCCUUGCAGGGGGGUUGCCUCGGCCUAAUGGCGUUUCUCCCCAAGGAUUCCGGAGGCCUGCAGCGGUCCCGUCGCGCGUAAUGGGGUUUGAGCGUUCAGUUCUUAAUAAUGACCCAGUAGGAUGCAGAGAUUUUGAGUCUUCGCAGCCUCAUAGCCACCGCUCUAGCGGCGCUUGCGCCGCAUUUGUGCCUCCUCUAGUCCGACCCGCAGAGGAGCUGCCGAGUGCCUUGGAAGCGCUUCCCUUGGAGAAGGCGUGGCCUGUGAACGGCGCCAAGGCUUUGCUCUCCUCGAUUUGUCUUUGCUGCGGCGUUAUAGAUUGCUGCCGCUGCGCUGAUCCAAGCUUGCAAUCGGGUAGCGGCUUGGCGGACUUCUUCAGCGGGAUUUUCAACGUUGUUCCCACUGAGGAUGCGCUGCAGUGUCAGCAGAUGGGCAUAAAGGCAGAUAUCUUGCCCCCUAAAAUUCACGAACUCAGUGCUACAGCGGAUGAGGAAAGCACUUUAGUUGAAUGUUAUUCCCAAGCGGAGGCGGGAACAGCCGCUGAGAGCUGCUAUGCACCUUCUCUUGCUAAGGCACCGCAGUCUCGACCCGAUACCCAGCGUCAUCUUGAGGAGAAUUCAAAUGCUCCCUUGCAAUGUUGGGCUCCGUCUCUAGCGGUUUCUGCAGAGGCCAGCACUGCAGCGCAAGGGGAGGAGAGAAAAGCGCCACCGCAAGGCUUUGGCGCUGGGUCUGCAGCAAUAGCAGCAGCAACUUGUGGCAACGGCGGAUCUAUUCCAGGCGGCACUGGCACAGCUUCUGCUAGCAGCGGCGCACGCAGGAGCAGGUUCUUUGCGCUUGCUGGGGGAUGCGUGCCCCCACCCAACAGCGGCGCCCAAACGGCUUUUUACUGCAGCGGUCAGAACGGCGCUAAGAGUUUCUCACCCAGCCGCGACAGCGCCCAGGGACAAGGCGCGGCUUGCGUCAGAGCCUUCAACCAAUCUCCAGGACCUGCUCCACCCGUGGGAUCUUGUGAAGCAGCUGGCGGACGUAACAUUUCUGGGCAGACGGUUAUGAAGCCCGAGGUGCAGCACCCGCUGCAGGCGCAGCACUGCGAGCCUUGGCAGCAUGGAAAGCUGCAGCAACUUCCGUCAGAGAAGGGGGGAACAGUUGGGGAGCCGCAACCUCAAGUCCUUCCCCUGCUACUAGCUGAAGAACUGCCUGAAGGGCAACUCGAAAAUUUGGUAGACUUCGUCCCUGUUACCUUUUGCACGGCGCCGGCGGAACCGCCUCCUUUCAACGCGGCGUACGCGGCUGCUCGGCACCUGUUCCUGUCUACGUCCCUUGAAGGCAAGGGCUUGCGCGCAAGUCAAUUGGCAUUGCGCUACUUCAACAGCGUCCUUGUCUCGUUGCAAACGGCUCUGACAGAAACUGCACAGCAAAUCAGCUGGAGCACCGGCUGUUCCCCCGGAAUGGGUGAGGCCCGGUUUCUCUUAGAAGGCGCAUGCAUCCGCCUUGAUGGAAAGCAUCAUUCUGGCUUCCAGCAGAGAGUUGCUGAGGCCAACCGACAGCGAAAAGCAAAGCAACAGCAACUGCGGCGAUACCAUCAACUGCGUCAGCGGAAGAAGCGACGCAUUGCUUCUGGAAAGACUGUCAGCUCAUCAAGCGAAGUAGAGGAGCAGGAGGGCACAUCUGAAGCCAGUGAAGGCGAGGCGGGUGUCCAAAGGCAGCCAGGUCUUCUCCUGGACCUCUCAAAAGCCACCUUCUUGCCAGGGCCCCCCCAGCCAUUGCAGGAAGCCCACAAUGCGCCGAAGAGGUCAAGUAUCCCUUUCGAAAAGGCGGCAUCAAUUAAAGAACAGCUUGGGCGCAACGACAUAUGGGCAUUCUCCACUGACGCUAAUGGGCAGUUUACACGAGCAUCUCUGCCAGCACCUCCCCCGCUGCUACUUCAGAUUCGCCAGCUCCUGCAAGGAAGACGCCGCGCUAUUGGAGGGAUUAAAGCCGUUUGGGUCGGACGCCUCCACGAUGAACUUGCCUCCAUUGAGGCGUGCCAGCGACUUUUUAGGGCAGAAAUGGCGCUCAACAAGUUGACAUCUGGCCCCGAAAUGCCAUUGAAAUGUGUGGAUGCUGCAUUGGAGCUGGGGGCGGCGUGCGCCGCUCGUCUCGUAGGUCUCAGUUAUCAGGGAGGCGGAGUAGAAGCCGCUCGUCAAGGAGACAAGACAAUUUCACAACUCAUUAUGGUGGAUGUAAGCAGCGAAGAGGCAGAGGCCGUGGUGUGCAAGUGCUCCAACAGCGGGGGCAACUGGAUGCUUAAUGAGGAGCAGCAGCGGGUCCUUAUCGCCAUUUCUAGAUGGUUUGGCUAUACCGACGGGUGCCGCCCAUUUGAACUCAGAGACGAAACGCAGCUUGAAAAGCAGCAUGAGGACUCAGAAGAAUACGAAAACAGAAGCGAUCGUAUUCAGAAUUCCCAGGAAUUGCGACAAGGUGAAUUGUCUAUAUUUUCACAGGAAAAACCGCACUCAGUCUUCCAUUCGAAGUGUCAGACGAGCCCUCCUGACAAGCAAGAAGAGGGCGAAGAUGGUGACAGUUCAUCUAAAGAGGCGCAGGGCUGCAUCACAACUUCCGCAGCGGUGGCUUCGGCCGAUGAUGACGACGACAUCGCGGACAUUUGUCUUUUCCCCGAAGACUUGAAUGAAGUUCAACAGCAGGAAGACAACGACCUAGAAGUGAGUGUUGGGAGCGCGAAAGGCAGGAGGCCUGAAGAAGGCUCUGCCUUUCCGCUGGACCCUCCUAGCGAGGUGGCUCAAAAUGAUGGUAAUUAUCAGAGUCCGGGUGUACCUGCAAUCGCCACGAUUGCUGGCGAUGCACUUGGCGUUGGUAUUGGAGCCGGCAAAUACACACCUAUGCAGGUUAAGAAUUCGAAGGUUGUCGACUCGGAUGCUGAGAAGUUGAAGGGCCAAGAGGCUCAGCAGCCUUCAAAGGCUCCUACUGGUGCCGUUACCUCUGCGUCGUCUCUGGCGUCCACAGCAGUUGGUAUGCCUGGCUCUUCAGCACCCGUAUUUCUAGUUCAGGGCGUCUUUGGUGCAGGCAAGACUACGAUGCUGGCAGCCUCUCUAGCGACUCUUUGCAGGCUCCUGGACCUAGCGAAGAGCCGCAGCCGUGUACUGUUGGUAUGUGCAACCAAUGCAGCUGUAGAUGGCGUGUUGCUGCGGCUGCUGCGGCAGUAUGAUUGCUGCGACUUUGCUCGCAUUGGCCGCCUGUCAGAGAUGCAGCCUGCGUUGCUCCCGUACGCCAUUUGCAGCAGUGCUGCACGCAAUACAGCCGUGCACGAGUUCAAGGCCCAAUGGAAGCGUCGGCGCAUCUGGGCCACGACGUGCAGCUCGUUUGCAAGCAGCGAUCUGUUUGCUGACGGGGGUUUUAGGGGGGCUGCUUCAGAGGGAACAGCAGGAAGCUUUUUUCCCUUUCUACUGAUGGACGAGGCAUCUCAGGUUGCAGAGCCCUUGGCGGCAGCUGUCUUGACACGUGCUCAGCCUUUGCGUUGCAUCUUUCUUGGUGACACACGUCAGCUGCCUCCAACAACGCGGCUUCGGGGCCCCGUAGCAGCGACAGCUUCCUCCCUCUUUUCGCGGCUUCUUCAACAAGCAGCGCCACCGGCUGCAGCUGCGGAAAUGCAUAAUGCCUCAGCCCACAGGAUGGAAAAAGGGGCAUUUCAAACUUGUCAGAGCGGCAACCAGGAGUCUGAAGGAAAUUCAUUUUUUAGCGUGUUCCAAAUGCGUUUGCAGUACCGCUGUCAUCCUGACUUGGGGCGUUUGGCUGCGGGGUUAUUCUACGGACCUUUUGUGGCGCACGGCGUGAGUGCAGCUCAGCGGCUGCCGUUGCUGCCUGAGUGGAGAGGAGCGUUGUGCUUGGCGGUUGUUCGGGGGGGCCGCGAAACAAAAGCUGGACGAUCGCUGAUUAACGUGCAAGAGGCAUCUGUAGUUGCACGCCUGGUACACCAUGCGCUGCACAGCAAACAAGCAGCGGGCCUGGGAAAUUUCAAGAUGGAAUUUCACCCACCGCGGCCCAGACCUGAGGACUUGGGCGUAAUUUGCUUUUAUCGUGCUCAAGCAGACGAGGUCAAGAGACAGCUGCUCCGGGUCCUGCCAAAGGCAGUUGUGGAUUCGGUGCAGGUUUCCACUGUUGAUGCCUUUCAGGGGUCAGAGAAGGAAGUUAUUUUCCUCUCUCUCGUGCGUGCACAUGCAAAUAUGCACGGAGCUGCUGCAACACGGGGAGGCACUCCCGAUUUUCUCACUUGCCCUCAUAGAGUAUGCGUGGCCUUGACGCGAGCUAGAAGGCAGCUCGUCAUUGUUGCUGCAGACACCUUUCUAAAGCAGCAAAACAGCCUCUGGUCCCGUGUUUGCAGUCAAGCUGCCCAAAUUCACUUUUGA